AUUACUGAAGACCAAUGGAAUCAUCAUACGAGUAAUAAUAAAACCUCCUGUGAAGAAACUGCAGAGAGUGAGAGAACCACAUACCAAAGAAGAAAAAGAGAAAAUGAUAGCGGGAACCCACCUUUCGCAAAUGAACACAUACGACCUUCAAAUCGGCGGCGUGGGAGUCAAGACUCGAGUGGUCGACGACGUAAUGCUUGUGGAGGCAGCCCUGGCAGAGCUGGGGGUCGGCGGCGACGGCGGAGCACAUCCCAUCGUUGGGGUGGACGUGAAGGUAUCCUCGGAUCUGUUCGGAAGGGGCAGAAGAUGCGAUCUGUUGAUCCUAUGCACCAGAUCCAACUGCCUAAUCCUGCAAUUGGAUUGCAUGAGACGCUAUAAAUGUAUCUCUCGAAUAGUGACUACGUUCCUGAUUUUGAAGGAUGUUUCUUUUGUGUGUCCCAAUGGAUUUAAAAAGAGGACCCGGGGUCUGCCAUUGUUUCCUCACGCUGAUGAAUUUUUGGUGACAUCUGGCUGCUGUGGGCGUAAAAGGCGCCCGAUCUGGUUUUACUGCUCGGAGAUUGGGGCCGUUGAGGUCGGUGAUUACGCUGCAAGGGCUCUGAAAAACCCCAAACUUCUCAAGUGUGAAUCGUCCCAGAAACUGGGAGACGAAGCCGGGGUGGACCUCACUACUGGUAAUUCAGCAAAACAGCGACCAAAGUGGGAUUCUAAAGUUUUUUCCGAGGAGGAAGUUCUCUUUGUUAUGCAUGAUGCUGCCGCCUCCUACCGGAUUGUCCACAAGCUCCUCCAUGAAAAAUAAUUAAAUAAAUCAUCUCAAUCUUAUUGGUCUUUGUUCAUCCACUAGUUUCAAGUACGUACUCCGUAAUUUUUCAAGUGAUUGGCUGCACUGCAAUCACUUAUUUUAUUAUUGUUAAUUUUAUCAAUCUUAUUGUUAUUAUUAUUGUUAUUGUGGUUCUUUACUCCUUUUAUUACUUUUUUCGUAUUAUUAUCUAUUACAGAGUAUUAUUAUUAUGGUUAUUAUUAUAGUCACACUUUAUUACGAUAGUAUUUGAUCACAAAAUUCUUGAUA